AUGUGGCCACCAAGCUGCCUCCCGCCCAGUGCCAAGCGGACCAAAGCCGUGCUGGCGGCGACCUCCGCGACACAACGAGAAGCUGGAGGUCGAGAAGCUGAAUACAAAGAACCCGGAAAGCCGCUCCCGCUAGUGCGCAUGCGCCGUCGCCCGGCGUAUGACGACAGCAGGAACAAGCAUGAAGCCUUGGAAAGUGUGGAUGGAACUCCUGAGGUCAAAGUCCAGUGCCAGCCCCCAGAGCUCCUGCUGGAGGAAGAGGUGACUGUGUGCACCAUCCCAUCCAGUGAGCAGGCUUCCGGGAACACAGACAAACAUUCUGCCAGCAAAUCUCCAAAAGCUGCAUCCAGCAGGGUCAGCAAAACUAAGAGCCAUGCACAGAAAGAGACCAAAAGGAUCAGGGAGAACCACCCCAAGAAAUGUGAUGAAACCAAGCAGCCAGGGAACAAAAUCAAAAAAGAAGAAAAGACAAGCAUUCCCAAGACCAAGCACAAGAGAAGUCACCCUGAGCUUAGCCAAGAGACCUUCAAAAGGCCUCAAACCAACCUAGGCGUGCAGAUGUGGGAGUCAGUGCAGGUUUUCCAUGCACUAGGGAAGAAAAGUGAGAAGAAAAAGGAGCUGCCUUCUCCCAAGGCCUUGAGAAAUGCCAGCAGCACACAAGAAACCAAGUCCACUCCAGCUGUGAAAUGCUGGCUGGAUAUUCCCCAUGAGGGCAAAGGCCCUAAAAUUACUCAAGUCAAGAAAAGGGAUAGGAGUGAAAGCCAGUGUCCAUCACCAACCCAGGAUGAGCUGCCUCCACCUGGGAAGGUCAAGCUGGUUCCUUUGCCUUUUCUAGCCCCAGAGAAGCCUCAAGCUCGACCUGUUUCUCGCAGGCCACAGUCUCUGGCCUCCCAGAGACCCACUGUACCUUACCACGCUCUCCCUUGUUCUAACACAGCUCAGCCUACUCCAGUCAGCCGAUCUCAACCAGCUACUGCCAACAGAUGCUUCAUAGGUUCCACCAAAACAUCACAGCCAAUUGCAGCCAAAACAAUCAAACAGGGAUUGACCACCACUCCCCAGCCUACUGUGUUUGUCUGCUACAUCUCCAGUCUUGCACUUCUGGACCAGGCCCUUUUGGAUUAUUCAGGAAACUCCACUGAAGAAGCCUUCAUCUCUGAGGCCGUGGUUCAUGUUCAGGCUUCAGCUAUCCACACAUCCUCAAGUGAUUCCUCAUCCCUUGUAUCUCCAGUUGAUAUUACCCCUUCUCUCAGCAUGUCUGACAAUUUCCAACAUCCAUCUUUACUUGGAACUGCAAACUCACCACAGCUCUCUGUUCCUGUGGUGAGCGAUGCCACUUCUCUAGCAGGACAUGUCUACAACCUCUCCAGAGCCUCAACUCCAGCCUUCACUUCAACAUGGCCACUACCAUCAACCUCUGGCAUCUCUUUCCAGCCACUCACGGGUACUGCCUAUCUUUACCAACAUUCUAGCACACCCAUGCUGACAGGAGUUACUGGCCAGAACCACAGCUGCACUUCAGCUUCCUCCUAUCCCAGUACUUUUGAAAGGAAGUACACAGGACACACUAAAAAGAAGUCAUCUGAACUUAGAGACUUCACCGUGACUCUCAACCAGGGCACAGCAGUCCCUUCAAUGGCUGUGACACCACGAUAUGUGGAUGCCAAUGCCAUAGUCCCUCUGUAUCCAUCACUGUCUGCCAGCCUGGUUCAGGGGACAUUAUCUCAGAUUCCACAUCAAGAGAGUAGCAUAUUACUUCCCUACCAACAAAGAAACCAGGUUUACUACUAUAAUCAAAACACUAUGGGCCCUCUGUUAUUUGGAGAGCCUGGUCCCUGCCUGCAAUCAUAUGGCUCUGUGUCCUACACAGGGAGUGGGUUCUUUGCUCCUCAGCCUGAAAUAGUGAUGACACUCCAAGAGGUCCAGCCCACAGAUGUCCUACCAACAGUCUCCACUUCUGGAAUCUACUACUCUGUGUCUGCUCAACCUAACACAGAAACCAAUUUCCAAGUGAUGGAAACUAACCCGGGAAUGGAAACUUUCAUAGAAUUGCAACUUCAAAGUCAGAAACAUUAUCAGCCAGAAAUUGCAGAGAGUCUCAAGAAAACUACAGAAAGCCAAAAUAACCCACUACUCUCUUUAGAAAUCCCUGACAUUUGGCAGCUGCAGCCAAACAUAACCUUAAAGACUAAUCUCAAACCGUCUAAUGUUUCUACUACAACUGACAUCAAAAGUACAGAAACCAUCAAUGAGAUUCUCCUGCAGGAAAACUCAAUGGUCACUAAGCAUUCCACUGGUCAAGUCCAAAGGAACAAGCAUGAAGCCUUGGAAAGUGUGGAUAGAACUCCUGAGGUCAAAGUCGAAUGCCAGCCCCCAGAGCUCCUGCUGGAGGAAGAGGUGACUGUGUGCAACAUCCCAUCCAGUGAGCAGGCUUCCGUGAACACAGACAAGCAUUCUGACAGCAAAUCUCCAAAAGCUGCAUCCAGCAAGGUCAGCAAAACUAAGAGCCAUGCACAGAAAGAGACCAAAAGGAUCAGGGAGAACCACCCCAAGAAAUGUGAUGAAACCAAGCAGCCAGGGAACAAAAUCAAAAAAGAAGAAAAGACAAGCAUUCCCAAGACCAAGCACAAGAGAAGUCACCCUGAGCUUAGCCAAGAGACCUUCAAAAGGCCUCGAACCAACCUAGGCGUGCAGAUGUGGGAGUCAGUGCAGGUUUUCCAUGCACUAGGGAAGAAAAGUGAGAAGAAAAAGGAGUUGCCUUCUCCCAAGGCCUUGAGAAAUGCCAGCAGCACACAAGAAAUCAAGUCCACUCCAGCUGUGAAAUGCUGGCUGGAUAUUCCCCAUGAGGGCAAAGGCCCUAAAAUUACUCAAGUCAAGAAAAGGGAUAGGAGUGAAAGCCAGUGUCCAUCACCAACCCAGGAUGAGCUGCCUCCACCUGGGAAGGUCAAGCUGGUUCCUUUGCCUUUUCUAGCCCCGGAGAAGCCUCAAGCUCGACCUGUUUCUCGCAGGCCACAGUCUCUGGCCUCCCGGAGACCCACUGUACCUUACCGUGCUCUCCCUUGUUCUAACACAGCUCAGCCUACUCCAGUCAGCCGAUUUCAACCAGCUACAGCCAACACAUGCUUCAUAGGUUCCACCAAAACAUCGCAGCCAACUACAGCCAAAACAAUCAAACAGGGAUUGACCACCACUCCCCAGCCUAGUGUGUAUCAAUCUACUGUUGCUAGGCCUAAACCCUACAAAACAUCAUCUUCCACUUCUGUGCAGCAGAAACCUGUGUCAACUUCUGGGACCAAGUUCCAGUCACCACCUAAACCUCAAAGCCAGUAUCUACUCCAAGACUUCAGCCGCCAACCAAUUCCAUGGAGGAAACCUGAUAUUCCUGGGCCAGUAGUAUCAAAUCCCAUCACCAAGGAGCAGAGGCCAGAGCGUGAAGCCAUGAAAAGGCGGGCCCAGAAAGAGCGUGAAAUUGCUGCCCAAUACACUGCUUUGGGGAAACUGCAGUUUUUUGCUCAGAGGCAAAGAGAUAUGGAAGUUUCUCAAUAUUACGGCUAUGUAAUGUAA